CAGCAAUGGCUACAAGUUAAUGAAAAUCAAAUGAAAUAGCUGUGGAUGUUUAUUAAAUAAAACAUAAAUUUAUACGAAUUUGUGAUUUUCAUUUAUUAAUUAAAACGUUAGCUGAUAGUUUUAUUAUUUAUAAAAUUAUCUGAAGAGGAUUCAUUAUGAAUAAUCAGAUCGAGUGUCUGGUUAAAGAAACUCCUAGUGAACUUUCGUAUCGCAAACAAUUUUACCCAAAUGCCAAAUCAAUAAAAACAGAUGACUUAUGCUGCACUGUGUGCAAUGAGGAUUUAAUUGUCUCGAAGAAAUUAUUAAAUCAUCCGGUCUUGGGAAUUUUGAUGUGCAAGAAAUGCUACGAAAAAAAUAAAUCUACGGAUAAAAAAAAAUGCAUGCUGUGUUUCGGAGGCGGGAAGAAGUUGAUCGAAUGCAAGAACAGAAAAUGUUCAUAUUUAACCUGCGAGGAAUGCGUGUCCAGAAUAAAUCCAAAAGCAAAAGCAUUUCACAAGCCCGGGAAAUGGAAUUGUUUCGCCUGUAAUAUAACGCCCUUAUAUAAAUUACGGGGAAUAUCAUCAGCUGCAAUGUCGUCGAAUUCAACCGAAAAAUCAUCUAAUCAGCCAAAUAAACGGAUUAAAAAUAAUACUAUUAGUAAAUCUAAAGAUAAAAUAAGUAAACCUGUAGCGGAAACCCAAAAAAUGAAUGGAGAAAAUUUAUCACGUUGUGAUUCAACAUCGAGUAGUGGAACCGAAUUUACGAAGACUAAAAUAAUCGAUACAAAUUUAUCAUCAUCUCGUAUAAAUCAUCACGAUCUAUGUGAUACAUCAGAUAAUGAUGCGCAGGAAGAUGACGCGCUGACUAAACGUCAGUUAUUUGAGCUUAAGCACAACAUUAAAAAAUUAUUUGACAGCAUGAAGGAAAUGGGGACUAAGAUGUUGAAAGACGUGGAAAAAUUGCAGCAAAAUUUUUACACCAAUAAACAUAAAUAUAAAUCAUCUGAUGUAAAGAAUAUAAUGUCUGAGUGUACGAAUAUGAUUAAGAGUGUCCAAGAGUGCACGAGUAAGCAGGAAAAAAAAUUAAUCGAACGUCACAAGACCUGGUGCAGAAAAUCUAAAUUCAAAAAUACGCUUGCAGUUGACAGUCGGAAGAAAAAAAAUCAGGAGCCGGUCAAAGAGUCGGAUGAUGAGAAAAGAGCCUCGACUCCUGUUGAGAAAAAUUCGAAAUUUGUUGCGGAAAAAAGUAACAGUCGACUGGAAAUUUCUGAUUGUGAUGAUCAAGUUUUUUCUGAUGAUGAUGCUGAUAAAAAUAGUAGAGAUAAAGUUGGAAAUAAUGAUGAUGAAGUUGAUGACUUUAAUAAAUCGAAAGAUUUAUUUUCUGAUGAUGAAUUAGUCGCUGAUAAUCAUGUUGAUGAAAUUGAUGUUGAACGAAAUGUUGAACGCUCGCCAUCUAGAUCUAGUAGGAAAUCAUCAGAUGAAAGUGAUGACGGGAAUGUACGCAAGAAACGUUUGAUGAAGGUUAAAAAAAAAUCGGGGAAAGUUGACUCUGAUGAAAGCACGGACAGUAAUGGGAAGGAGAGACGUUUGUCUAGAAAUAAAUUGGAUAAAGUGGAGAAGAAAACUGAUGGUGGAGGUAGAGGAGAAUUGUCAUCGGAAUCUGAUGGAUCUGGGAGAUCUGGUGAUAAAGAAAAUGAGAAGAAAGGUGAGGAUUGUUCUGAUGACGUCGUUUUGACACCAGAGUCACAGGUCAAGAAAUUAUCUUAUGAAGUUGAAACUGAUAAGGAUGAGGACAAGGACGAGUCGCGAAAAGAAAAGGAAGCUAAAGAAUCUUUGCUGAAAUCUUCGGAUUCGGAAUUGACGGAAGUUGAAGACUUGGGGGGUAAAGAAGCGCAGAAAUCUGGGUCUGAAUUGGAGUCUGAGGAAGAUGAUAAAAAGAAGAAGAAUGGAAAAGAUAAAAAAUCUAGUUCCUUAGAAAAUGGAGGUAAAAAACGAAAGGAAGCUAAGAAAGUUUUGGUAAAUUCUUCUGAAUCUGAAGAAGAUGAUGAUAAAAUAAAGAAACGAGAAGAAGAAGCUAAAAAAGUUUUAUUAAAUUCGUCUGAUUCUGAAGAUGAAGGGAAGAAAGGAAAUAAAGAUAAAAAUUCUAGAUCUAAUUCUGGGGAACCUGAGAGAGAAGAUGAUAAAGUUGAGAAAAGAAGAAAAGAAGAAGAAGCUAAGAAAGCUUUGGUAAUUUCUUCUUCUGAAUCUGGAGAAGAUGAUGAGAAAAUAAAGAAACGGAAAGAAGAAGAAGCUAAAAGAAUUUUAAUGAAUUCUUCUUCGGAUUCUGAGGAAGAAAUAAAUAAAGCGAAAAAAAAAUCUAGAUCUAGUUCUUUAGAAGGUGAUCGUGAAGAUGAUAAAUCUAAAAAACAGAAAGAAGAAGAAGCUAAGAAAAGUUUGCUGAAUUCUUCUUCUGAUUCUGAAGAAGAAAUAAAUCAGUUGAAGAAAAAUGAGGAGAAAAUAUCUAGAUCUAAUUCUUUAGAUUCUGAUCAAGAAGAUAAUAAAGUUAGAAAAAGAAGAAAAGAAGAAGCUAAGAAAGCUUUGCCAGUUUCUUCUUCUGAUUCUGAGCAUGAAGAAGAUGACAAAGUAAAGAAACAAGAAGAAGAAGCUAGGAAAAUUACUGUUUCUUCUUCUGAUUCUGAUCAUGAAGAUGAUAAAAUAAAGAAACGAAAAAAAGAAGAAGAAGCUAAAAAAGCUCUGCUAAAUUCUUCUUCUGAUUCUGAUCGUGAAGACGAUGAAAAAAUAAAAAAACAAAAAGAAGCAGUUAAAAAAAAAGGAUCUAGUUCUUCUUCCGAAUCUGAUCAUGAAGAAGAAAGUAAAAGUAAAAAACAAAAAGAAGAAAAAGCUAAAAAAGCUCUGCUUAAUUCUUCUUCUGAUUCCGAUCACGAAGAUGAUGAAAAAAUAAAAAAACAAAAAGAAGCUAAAAAAAAAGGAUCUAGUUCUUCCGAAUCUGAUCAUGAAGAUGAUAAAGUUAAGAAACGAAAAAAAGAAGAAGAAGCUAAAAAAGCUCUGCUUAAUUCUUCUUCUGAUUCCGAUCACGAAGAUGAUGAAAAAAUAAAAAAACAAAAAGAAGCUAAAAAAAAAGGAUCUAGUUCUUCCGAAUCUGAUCAUGAAGAUGAUAAAAUAAAGAAACGAAAAAAAGAAGAAGAAGCUAAAAAAGCUCUGUUAAAUUCUUCUUCUGAUUCUGAUCGUGAAGACGAUGAAAAAAUAAAAAAACAAAAAGAAGCAGUUAAAAAAAAAGGAUCUAGUUCUUCUUCCGAAUCUGAUCAUGAAGAAGAAAGUAAAAGUAAAAAACAAAAAGAAGAAAAAGCUAAAAAAGCUCUGCUUAAUUCUUCUUCUGAUUCCGAUCACGAAGAUGAUGAAAAAAUAAAAAAACAAAAAGAAGAAGCUAAAAAAAAAGGAUCUAGUUCUUCUUCCGAAUCUGAUCAUGAAGAAGAAAGUAAAAGUAAAAAACAAAAAGAAGAAGAAGCUAAAAAAGCUCUGCUUAAUUCUUCUUCUGAUUCCGAUCACGAAAAUGAUGAAAAAAUAAAAAAACAAAAAGAAGCUAAAAAAAAAGGAUCUAUUUCUUCUUCUGAAUCUGACAAUGAAGUAAACAGUAAAAGAGUAACGCGAAGAGCGGCAGAAGCUAAAAAAAUAACGAAUGAUGUAGAGAAGGAAUCAGAUUCCGACAUUGAAACAAUUAGUUCUAAAAAUUCUUCCAAAACUAAGUCAAAGAGAUUCCAAUUAAACAAUAAUAUCCAUUAUAAUAACGAUAAAAAAUUAAAAUUAAAAAGUUUAGUUAAAUUAGAAAGACUGAGCAAAAGAAUUUUAUCUCGCCACUCCAAAGCUUUGCGCUUAUCGAGGGAAUAUUUGGAAAACAAAAAAGUCUUAAGCCUGAUGUCACUCGACGGCCUCGAGAAGAAAAAUAAAAAGAAACAACGCAGUGACUCAUCAACAGACGAAGAUUCCAAGCAUUCAAGAUCCCGGAAGAGAACUAAAAUAUCAAGCGAAGACGACACUCUGUUGGACCACCUGAAAAAAGUCGAAACUGGGAACGGCGACAAUGACAGCAGCAACUCCAGCCUGGAAGACGAUGAUAGUUCGAAAAAUAAUAAGAAUAAAGAAAUGGAGCCGCAGAGUCUAGUCCAGCAGGCAGACAAAGUCGCCAAGGCGUCAAUUCUCGCGGACUCCGAGUCCAGUGACGUCGAGGAAACGCCCAUGGAGUUCGACGUCACCGGGUCUCAGGACAAGAAGAAAGAGACAGAAAAAAAUAACACGAAUAAUAAAGGUGACAAAGACGAUGAUGAUAAAAAGAAAAGUAAGAAGAAUAAAGACGACGGUUGGAAACGCAGCAAAUUAUUGACUGGCAAAAUAUUGGACUCUGACUCAGAUGAAGAAAAUGAGAAAGCGCAAAAAAAAUUAUCCCAGCGCAGCAGAAAUGAUUCCGACAGCAAAGAAGAAGCCGACGACUCAAUAAAAUCUAAGAAAAAAUCAACAAGAACCCGGCGACGUCGUUUGAAUUCCGACUCUGACGUCAAGAUCUCCGACGACUCGGACUCCGACUCUGCUGGCAACAAAAACGACAAAGACGACGACUCCGACGACCUGAAAAAAAGUAAAAUAAAGAAAACGUCAAAGCGUAAAAAUAAAUCCGAUUCGUCAGACUCCAGUUACUCGAUGGUGUCAAAAAAAUCUAAAACAAAACGCCGCAGGAUUCGGGCCGUUGCGGAGGACAGCGAAGACAGCAGCGACGACGACGAUCUUCUAGGGUCUCAAGGUGGCGCGAAUAAAAGCGGGCGUAAAAAUAUUCGUAAGGUACUGAAAGACAAACACGUCGCCGACGGCACUUUGCAGGCCGCCAAACAAGAGGAAGAACGCAUUCGACGUAUGGCCGAGCGUCAGAAAUUGUACAACGAAAUGUACGAAGCGCGACUGGCCAGCGAGGCUAAAGUCGACAAACUAGUCCUGGAUUUCGACGAGGAAACAAAGGAAGUGCUGCUGGAAGUUGAUGAAAAUUUGGUGAAACGUCUGAAGCCGCAUCAAGCCAAAGGUAUAAAAUUUAUGUGGGACGCCUGCUUCGAGUCUCUCGAAAGGACCAAGAAAUCCGAAGGCUCCGGGUGCAUACUUGCGCACUGCAUGGGUCUCGGAAAGUCAUUCCAGGUCGUGACUCUUUCCCACACUUUGCUGAUGCACAGCGAAAAGACCGGGAUAAAUAAAAUCCUGAUCGUCGUGCCGCUCAGUACUGUCCUGAACUGGAUGAACGAGUUCAAAAUAUGGCUGUCGGAAGUCGAGAACGGGAACGACAUCGAAUUGUACGAGAUGACCAAAGCCAAGACGAACAUCGAGCGCAAGUGUCACUUGGAAAACUGGCAGCGUACUGGCGGCGUUCUGAUAAUCGGCUACGAAAUGUUCCGUAAUCUCUGCGCCAUCAAAGGCAAAGUGCGCAAGAGUGUACAGGAAGCGAUACUCAAGUGCAUACUUGACCCCGGACCGGACUUGAUUAUUUGCGACGAAGGCCAUCUGCUGAAAAACGAGGACUCGGCGAUCAGCAAAGCCAUCAGGCGGGUCAAGACCUUGAGGAGAAUCGUGCUGACGGGUACGCCGUUGCAGAAUAAUCUGAUCGAGUAUCACUGCAUGGUCCAGUUUGUGAAGCCGAAUUUGCUCGGUACCAAGAAGGAAUUUUCUAACAGAUUCGUCAACCCGAUCCAGAACGGGCAGUUCGAUGACUCGACGGAGUACGACGUCAAGCUGAUGAAAAAACGCGCGCAUGUCCUGCACAAAAUGUUGGAGGGAAGUGUCCAGCGAUUUGACUACUCGGUUCUCACUCCGUUUUUACCUCCGAAGCAGGAGUACGUCAUCUCUAUAAGACUCAGUGACGUGCAGGUUAAAUUGUAUCAGUAUUACAUUGACAAUUUCGCGCGCAAGCACAAAGGCGUAGGCGGGUCACUGUUCGCUGACUUCCAAGCGCUGUCACGACUGUGGACUCACCCCUUUGUUGUUAAAAUGCACACGGAAAACAGCGAGAAGUUGUUGCAAAAAAAACGCGACGCUGAGAGCGACUCCGAAGGUUCGCUGAAGGAUUUCAUUGACGAUGGCAGUGACACUGAGUCGUCUUCUAGUGAAAGCAGCAACAAUUCCAGCGGAAGUGACGUCGUCGCGCUAGAUGACGAUGACGGUAAGAAGAAAAAUAAAAAAAAGGGACCGCCGCCCAAAAGGGGCACGCGCGCUAAUCCUGUUAUUGAGGAUAUUCCGGUGGAACCCGAAGAACCCACUGUGGAAAACAGGCAGUGGUGGACUGAGUUUAUAAAAGAUGAAGAUUUUGAUGACAUGAGAUUGUCUGCUAAGUUGAUUAUUUUGUUUGACAUCAUCAAGGAAGCGGAAGCUAUUGGUGAUAAAGUUCUCGUGUUUUCCCAGUCGCUUUAUUCGCUGACGUUGAUUGAGAAAUUUCUGAGUAUGAUCGACGACGAGACGCAAAACGGAAAUGAACUAGAGACUCUUGACAAGCAUACCGGGUGCUGGGUGAUCGGGCAAGAUUAUUUCCGUUUCGACGGACAAACGUCGGCGGAAAAUCGCAGCCACUGGGUGAAAAGUUUCAACAGACCUUCAAAUACCCGGGCGCGGUUGUUUUUGAUAUCAACCCGCGCUGGUGGUCUGGGUAUAAAUCUGACGGCUGCUAACAGAGUCGUGAUUUUUGACGCCAGUUGGAACCCAUCUCAUGAUGUACAAAGUAUUUUUAGAAUUUACAGAUUCGGACAAAAGAAACCUUGUUAUGUUUAUCGUCUGCUGGCUGCUGGUACGAUGGAAGAGAAAAUUUACAACCGUCAGGUUACCAAACUGUCAUUGUCCUGUCGAGUUGUUGAUGAGCUGCAGAUUGAACGUCAUUACAGCAACAAUGAUCUAGCAGAAUUAUAUAAAUUUGAUCCCCCGGGUACGAAUACUCCAGACCUUGCGCUGCCUAAAGAUCGUCUGCUUGCAGAAAUAUUUUUACGCCAUAAAAAUUUGGUCGAGACUUUUCACGAACACGAUUCGCUGCUGGAAAAUAUCGCUGAGGAAGAGCUGGAUGCUGAGGAACGUAAGCAGGCUUGGCAGGAAUACGAAGAUGAGAAAGCGGGUAAACCUUUGGUUACGGCGCAGAUGAUAAAUUAUCAGAACCAGCAGCAGAUGAUGCUGAUGCAGCAGUAUAAUAACCAGAUGAUGAAUUCUCUGAACUUAAGCAACCCGGCGAAACAGGUCGAGUUGUCGCAACUCAUGAGCAUGUUCCAGCAGGACUACCCCCAUCUUACGGAACAGGCGCAGCGAGGCAUGGCGCUGAAGGCGCUGAGCAAUAUGUACAAUUACGUGGAGAACCAGGUGAUCGGGCGAGGUCUGAAUCCGUCGAUUAUGACGAAUAUCGCGAAUCCUAGCAACCCCACUGCGACUUUGGCCAACGCACUUGCGCAGCAGGAGUACUCGCGCUUUCACUCGGGAUUUAACCAGCAGAAUCUCAGCCCGCAGCAGCGCCAGAUGCUGUAUGCUCAGUCGUUCGGUAAUGUUAAUUCGCUGGGGAAAAAUCCGCAGAUGCCCACUGGUGCUAUCAAUCCUAAUGCUUCGGCGUCAAAGUUUUCUAAUAAUGAUGAUGAUAUUAUAGAGAUCCCUUCCAGUAGUAGUACUAGAGUAGGAGGAGUGACUCAAGCCAGUAGUAAUUCUCCCAAAAGACAGGAAGAAUAAGAAGUAUUUUAAUUGUUUUACUUUAAUUAUAAUUACAACUAAUUUAAUUAUAAUUUUCUUAAAAUAUAAAAAUAUAUAUAUUAAGGUAAUUUAAGAUUAACUUAGGAACAAAAAGUAUAUAUAUUUAAAUAAGUAUGAUUGGUAUAAAUUAGUCUUUACUUCACAAAGUCAUUCAU